UUUUAGACCAAUAGUAUUCUAAUAAGUACAAUUUAUCUUUUUAAAGUUUGUAAUUUAUCAAUAUUAAUUAAUGAAAAUGCAUAGAAAACAUAAAAUAUGUAUUUCUGUAACAAUUUUUUUAAAAUUUUUUUUUCCUAAAACUGGAAAAGGACCACAUUAUCUAUCACUAAGUGCGACAUAAAAUAACUAUUUACAUGGACUACAUGUUUUUACCAAAAAUGAAAUGUUAGAAGUACAAUAUACCAGCAAAUUGUAUUUGUAUUGAUAGACGAGUUUUUUACCAAAUAAAACUAGUUUUUAGGAAAGUACCAACGAUAAAAAUUUGAAAACUACCACUUUUAUAUAACUCUUUAAAUUUAAUCAUGGUUAUUAUGUCGGAUUUGACAAAUAUUAAAAACAUAUACUAAUGUUUUCAACAAAGUGUUCAACUAUAAUUUUAAUUAGUUUAUUUCAGAUUCUUAGGUCUUUUAGUUUAGAAAUAAAGGUGACACAUAUUGUACUGAAUUUCUUAUGAAUCAAUAUAUAAAUAAGAUGUUCUUUACAUUUAUUUUAUGUUCAAAUUUUGUCAAAAAAAAUAUAAUUAACUGUUACUAGAGAAAGAUCAAAAUAUAAAAAAAAUAAUGAAUAUAAUCUACUAUUAUUAAAACAAAAUUUUACUUCGAGAAACAUCAUCCAAUUCAUUUUUUAUAUUAGUAUUGUUUUCAAUAUAUAAUGCAUAUAUAUAUAUAUAUAUAUAUAUAUAUAUAUAUAUAUAUCUAAUUAUGUAUGAUUUAUUUUAUAAAAUAUAGUCGAUGUACAUUACUUUAUAAUUGUGAUUGUUUAUUAAUAAAAAUAUUUGUCUAUUAAAUAGGUAGGAUAUUUUAUCUAGAUCCGAAAACAGACCAAAACUAACGUAAAAAUACAGAUUCGGAUCUAGGUCUAGAGCAAAAAAUCUAUUGGGUACUUUUUAGGAGCCACAUGUUUCGGUUCAAGGCUGGAUUCUAUCCGAGACCCGAUCGAGUAUCCCAGAUAUGUUUUAUGUAUAUUAGAUAUGUUUUGGUAUUUUAGAUAUAAUUUUGGUAUUACAAAUAUUUUUUUUAUAAAUUUUGGGUUUAGGUUUUCGGUUAUAGUUUCAGGUUUCAGGUAGAAUUUUGAAUUUUAAAAUAAUAUAUUUAAUUAUUUAGAUAAAAUUUGGGGUAUUGUUUUCAGGUAAAAUUUUGUGUUUUUUAGAUAGUUGAAUAUUUUGAGUUUUUUUUUUGAGUUUUCGGAUAUAUUAUUGAGGUUUCAAAUAUUUUUCGAGUACAUUAGGUUCUAAAUACUUAAACCAACCCGGACCCCCUAUGAACAUUAAAAAUAUUUUACAUGUAUUUUAAUUAUGAACCUGAGCCGAUUUGGACCCUAAAAAGAACUUAUCCCAUUUCGAACCAAAAAAAUUUAAGUAUCUAGUUAGGUCCAAAUGCUUAUGACCCAAAAAAUUCAGAUCUAAUGGAAACCGAUCCAAACCCGGCCCAAAAGUCUGAAUGAUCAUGCCUAUGCCUAGUUAAACACAUCACUAGUUUGUAAUUGGCCUAAAACUAUAAAACUUAAUUUGGUUGCUAAUUAGUAUCUUGGUUUUAUAUCUUAUUCUACCACUUUUAAUUAGUAACAUGCAAAAUGAAAAUUUGAAUGAUGACACAAUUUCAGCACGUACAUAUCACUAGCUUAUUUUCAUGUAUCAUAUUAAUCCCUCUUUUCCCCUUUUGUACGAACAAUCCAUUUGUUUGAACUGUACAUGAUGAUUCUAAAUUAUACGGACAUCAGAACAUAAGGAUUUAGAGUUAUUAACCGUUUAGAAAUAAAUAAUAGAUCAAUCAAUUCCACUCGGCUGGUUAGCACUAGCAAAAGUAUCAUAUUUUUAAAAAUAGACUGGACCCAAAAGAAAUUAAUUAAAAGAAAGCGAACAAGCAUGAGAGAUUAGUACCAAAACGUAAUCUCUUUCAACCUUUAAACGACAAAAGUCUUAAUGAAACAUAUGUACACAUGACAUUGAUGUGUCUUCAUUGAUCGUAAGUAAUUAAUUUUAAUUGAAUUUACUUGAAUUAAUUCAAACUGAAAUGACUUCUUCGAUUCUAAACUCAUGGAAGGCAAAAUGUGAUGUAUCCAAAGUGGGUUCACUGUGGCGCAGUCCACAUCUUAUCUGGUACGAACUCCUUGUGAACCGUAGAUGGAGAGAAUGAUCAUACGGUGGGAGAUGAUUUCAUUGAAAUGGGGGUUAACAUUAUCUAACAUGUUUAAGCCGAGUCAAAAAGCCUUAUCACGGCAAGUGUUCAUUGCCAUUCCUGGAAAUUUGAUAAGAGAGAUUGAUCUUAAGUCUUUCAUAACAUCUGUUUUGAUUGAAACUCUGUUCACUUUUGUAUAUACAGUUAUGCCCUUUAUGGUAAUUUUCAUUUUUUGAACUUUAUUAAAAAAUGUAACCCCUAAUUUCUUUUUGUGAAUUAGGUUACAUUAUCAAUAUAAUGUAACCCCUAAAUUUAUGAAUUAGGUUAUAUAUAUAUAUAUAUAUACUUUUGUGAUACUUGAUGCAUUUAUAAACUUGAAAAGACCAACAUAUAUAUAGAGAUUUUUUUUUGAAGGAACAUAUAUAUAUAAUUAGUUUGAGUGGAUUUAUUUUCUCAUAAACAGACUGUUUUGAAUUUUCUUAAACUAAUUUUACAACCACCUGUAAACCUGUAAAUUUGAUAGUUGAUUUUGAAUACUACAUCAUUUUAAACAAUUGCUUAGGAAAGUCAUGCAAAUUGACUUUUCCAUUUAUAUGAUCAUCUUUAUCUCAUAUUAUUUUUGGUGUGAAAUAAAUUUGAAUACAAAUAUAUUUCUUGGUUGUAGUUAGAACACUUUGGUAUACUUUGUGAAUUAUAUGAUGGAAAAUUCUAAGGAAUUUGCACAUACCGAAAUUAUAUACGUUUAAAAUUAAUUUACUAAAAAUACUGCAUAAACUAAUGUCAAAUAGAAAAGGCAUUAACUACAACAUUCAAAUUAAAACUGAUAUCCUAUAUGUCUGGUGUUAACAACUACCACAUGGGACAUCAUUUUUGAGGUGUUCAACAUUCUAAAACGAUACCAUUUGAUAUAAUAAUAUAGUAAAUAUAUAAAACUCGGAGGAAAAUAAUGGUAGAUGGACCGACAGAGGGUUCAAAUGGUUCAAAGGAUGCCAUUAAUGGAGGCGACAACACUCGGAUCCCCACUGAUUCUUUCAGCUUCAUGUCUCAUCCCUCUAAUCUCUCUCUCUCUCUCUCCAUACUUUGCAGUCGAAGCUGCACCCAACCUGAGUUUUGAGCAGACCUACACACCGUUUACACCUUAAAUAUAAUGCCCCUUAACCCCAAACUCUUCAAACACACUUCUUUCUUCUCAUUUUCUCUAACCUCUCCCUUUCUCUCUCACUCACUCUCUAAACUUUUAGGUAUGGACUUCCAGCCAAACACAUCUCUACGUCUGAGCCUACCAAGUUACAAGAAUCACCAACUAAACCUAGAACUUGUCCUCGAGCCUUCUUCUACGUCUUCUUCUUCUUCCACAAACUCAUCAUCAUGUUUGGAGCAGCCUAGGGUAUUCUCUUGUAACUAUUGUCAAAGAAAGUUUUACAGCUCUCAAGCUUUAGGUGGCCAUCAAAACGCUCAUAAGCUAGAGAGAACCUUAGCCAAGAAGAGUCGAGAACUCUUUAGAUCCUCAACUACUGUUGAUUCUGAUCAACGUUACCCGUUCUCCGGCCGGUUUGAGAUCUACGGCCGUGGCUAUGAAGGAUUUGUCGAAAGCGGUGGCCGGAUGGACUUCUCAGGCCGUGGUGUGUCGGAGAGUGGUCUUGAUCAGGAUCAGGAUCAGGAGAUGAGUCACCUUGACUUGUCGUUAAGGCUCUAAAAUAGUUUUUAUUUUGUUAGAAAUAUAAUCAUCUCAAUUGUUAAUCCUGAAUUAAAUGUUUUUCAAUAAGUCUAUUUCUUACCAGUCAUGUUUUUAAUGUAAAAUCGAAUCAAAAUUUAGUUUUGAAAGAUGGUAUCUAUGUUUUUGUUUUAUUGUUUUUCCUCUUUUUACAAAAAAAUUAAGAAAGUAUAUUUGGAUCUA